AUUAAAAGUGCUUUAUGAGAGUUGUCAUGACUUCUUCUAAGGGCUGAGGUGAUGUCCGGGCUGAGGAUGAAGCUGACGCUGCUCAUUGUGUUUCUGCUCAGGUCCACCUGGCUGCAUGGAAAUCCCACCACAGGUGGAUGGAACUCAGUAGGCAGAGCAGGCUGUGUUUUAAGCAGCUGGAUCACAUGUCAAAGAGUCCUCUAGUGAGACAAAGGACCCCAAAUGUUGCUGCCAUGCAGCAGGAGCAGACCAUAAUCUUCACUGUGUGACUGAUUACUUGAUCACCAUCAACUGCACCCUGAACAUCCCUCCAUCAGGAAACAGCCCCUACUGGCUCAUUUUCACAGAAACAUUUACACGAGAACCAUAUUUGUGCAUGCUGACAAACACCACAGAGGGUUAUUUCUGCUCCCUUAAAACAUCCGACUCUUUUCCUGAUAACGACUAUGAUUACUCCGAAACCUUUGCAGACAUAGACUCCUAUGAAAUCUUGCUUUGUCACGAUGGAAACGAUGCCUGUGAGCUGCUGGAUGAAGAAUUUUUACCUAUGAGGAACAUUAAACCAAACACACCGUGCUGCCUCACCGUGAACCAAAACUCAAGUCAACACCACUUCACAUGGAUGAGCACCUAUGAGAAGUACAGUCUGGUUAAGGACCUGCGGUAUCAGCUUCACUUCUACAAAAGGGGAGACAAACACGAGGACACAUUACGUGAUAUCAACACAAACACUGAACGCUGUUCUGUGGAUGAUGAGUGGUUUGUGCCAGACACAGAGUACGCUGCCAGAGUACGGUCCAGUCCUAAUAUGGCUUUUUACCAGGGCCAGUGGAGUGACUGGUCUGCUGAGGUUCACUGGAAGACAGAACCAGUCGAAUACAGUUUCUCAGCAAACAUUUUCACAUCUGAAGUGGGUAAGAAGGUGUUAAUCCCCUUAUGUGUGAUGGCUCUACUCGUCAUACUUCUCUGCUACGCUCCUGUUAAAAAGUGGAAGCAAAGUGCCUUUAUCCCAAAUCCAGCUCCCUAUUUUGACACGCUGUACACUGACUGCCAGGGAGAUUUCAAGAGCUGGGUGGUUACACAAGAAAGCACAGCAGCCAUGUCGAAAGCAGAGGAAACGCUGCACAUCGACACCCUGACCAAGUGUGCAGACGCCCAGCAGGAAGAGGAGGAAAAGUGUCCACCCCAACUUCACCUGCAGCUGAUGGAGGGCAGCGCAUACAGUAAUGUGAUAAUCCCAGUGUGUGAUGAAGCUCUGCUGGGCGUCCCGUACGCCGUCUGCACUAUGGCUCCGCCGUCGGACCAGAAGGAUGAUCUGGAAAGUCUAACCCUGAGCUCAGAGCCGCAGAGUCCAGGUGCAGACUCGGGCUGUUGGCUCAGCAGCAACACGUCUCUGGAGAAGGAUCUACCCUGGUACUGCAAUGAGUACUGCACCCUGAGCGCCUUCCAGCAGUCUGGCUGUCACAGCAGGGCACUGUGGGAGCUUGUAAACAAAUAGGCAGUGGUUGCUCCAGAGGAAGCAUAAAAAUCUGUUUUUGUAGGACAGUGAAAGGGGGAAGUUGUAUUUUUAAUCAUGUCAGGCCCUAUAAAGCUAAGUGAAAUGCAUGUACAGAAGAAAAUGUAAUGCUUCUGCACAUGUUCCAAGCACUUAAAGCUCACAGUAGCCACAGUAUGCAAAGACAUUUAGCCAAUGGGGCUGCAACUAAUUAUUAUUUCCAGUCUUGAUUGCUACAUUAGUCGUCCGCUCUAUAAAAUGUCAGAAAAUUGUGAAAAUUACAACCUAGCAUGACAUCCUCAAAUGUCUUUUUUGGCCCUAAACCUGAAAAUAUUAAGUUUACUGUCACAGAAAAGUGGGGAAAAACUGAGAAUGUUUAAAUAUAUAUAAAGCUGGGGUUUUUCACCUUUUCUUCAGAAAUUUCUCAAAUUACCAUCAAAAUAGUAUGAUUAAUUUAACAGACGUCAAGUGAUUAUUCACUGCAGCUUCACUGGCCAUUUUAAUAAACAAGCUCUUAUAUAUUUGUAGCAUGUUUCGUAGAAUUUUGCAUGAUAAAAAAUAUUAACUUCAUAUCUUUGUGCUUUUGCUAAGCGAUUGAAUGUGUAACGAACUGGGCUUAAACUAACCAUUACUUCCACUGUUGAUUAUUUUCUAAAUUAGAUGUUUGCUCAAUAAAAUGUCAGAAAAUUGUGAAAAAUAUAGAGCAGCAUCAUCCAAAAAACAGCAUUACGUCCUCCAAUGUUUUCCCCAACCCGCUAAUAUUUAGUUUACUAUCAUAAUAAAAGGGAAGAAACUGCACAAUAUAUGAAGCUGGAGGCUGAAUUUUCAUUUUCUUCCAAAAUUUCUCAAGCUAAACAUCAAAACAACUCAUGAUCAAUAGUCGACAAUUGAUUACUAGUUGUAGCUCUAUUUGCUGUUAGUGUUAACAAGCUGCUUAUACAAGUUUUUUUUUAGGUUUUUGCAUAAUUGACAUGAUAUAAAAUAUUAAUCGCAUUACCUUGUGCUUGUGUUCAGUAAAUGUGUAAUGAAACUGCAGCUAAAAACAUCUAACAGAUCUUAAACUUCCUUUUGUGACUACAUUUAUUUUGCUUGUCAAAAAUUAGAGGGUAAAGUGAAGUUAUUAUAUAUGUUUCCUUUCAUUUCUUUCAAUAAAGAAAACGCCACA